GCCUUGUGCGAGUUGAGGGGAGGUGCCACUUUCAGCUGGAGCCCUUUCUAGCUUCUGUUCCACAGCCCUGUCCCACUUUCUCCCCCAAGAAAAGCCAGCUGUUCAAGACCCAACCCUGAGGCCCUGAUCCAAAUUUGGGCUUAUUAGGACCUUUUGAGACUCCAAGAAAAAUUAGACUCCUCUCUGAGAAAAAGGAGAGAACCUUUGGUUUGGAAUCCCAUUCUUGAGUGGAAGGAGGGGUAUAUAUGGCAGGGCUCCUGUCCCUCUAGGAGCCUCUGUCUCUCCGGGUGGGGCUGAGGAGGCGGAGUUUUGGGUUCCCUUAUCUACAGAGCCAGCCUCGGCUCCCUGGUGCAGGGUCCCUCACUUCGGGCUCCUUGCCAUGGGGUUUCUGCUCCCCCUCUCGCUGCUGGUUUUGCUGGCAGCAACCUACACGGAAGGUGGGAGCGCACGGAGGCACCGAGCUGCACGGGCUCAACGCCCUAGAGGAGGCAGCUCUCCCGCGCCCUCAGAGACCACAGCGCCGUUCUGGGUGAGCAUAAGCCCCAAGUUAAUGACCGUGGCACCGGGGAGUUCAGUGUGGCUCAACUGUAGCAGCAACUGCCCGCUGUUGGAGAGUUCCAUCCUCCAUACUGGACUGAGGCCCGGCCAGACGCUCAGAGGACCCAACUGGGUCUCGUUCCAGCUGCUGGAUGUAAAGACCUGGAGUUCCGACGUGCACUGCUUCCUCACCUGCGCCGGAGUAACGCGAGGGGCCAUGGCCAGGAUCAACGCCUACAAAGGGCCACAGAGCGUGAUCCUGGAGCCUCCGAUCUUAGAGGGCCGUCAGCACACUUUGCGCUGCCACGUGACGCACGUGUUCCCCGUGGGCUUCCUGGUGGUGACUCUGCGGCGCGGCGGCCGGGUCAUCUACUCCGAGAGCCUGGAGCGCUUCACAGGCCUGGAUCUGGCCAACGUGACGCUGACAUACGCGUUCCCAGCUAGGCCCAAUGACCUCGGACAGCUCGUGACCUGCCACGCGCAUCUCAAUCUUGACGGCCUGGUGGUCCACAGCAGCUCAGCACCCAUGGCACUGUCAUUCUUUACUUGGAACACUACGUCCAAAGCCUUGGCUUCCGCGUCCAUCGCAGCCCUUGUGGGGAUUCUUCUCGCCGUGGGGGCGGCCUGUCUGCGAAAGUACCUACUGAUGCAGUCCCGGGCUUAGAAGAGGUAGUCCGUGCGGAUGAGGGGGAGAGCAAAAAGGAAUAUGGAACAAUUUGGAGACCUCUGCCUAGAUCAAUAAAGCCUUCUUCAGCCA